CAGCAGCGGAGGCGGCGGCUGCUGCUGGCCGUUUCCUGGUGGCCUGGCGGCGGCGCGGGAGGGACGGAGGGAGGAUGCGGCGCAGGUCGCGGCUGCUGCUCUGCUUCGCCUUCCUCUGGGUGCUGGGCAUCGCCUACUACAUGUACUCGGGCGGCAGCGCCGCGCUGGCCGGCGGCGGAGGCGCUGGGAGGAAGGAGGACCCAAAUGAUAUCGACCCCAAAAGGAAAGAUGUGCGUGGCAGUGAUGGGGAGGACAAGGCACAAAGUGUGGAGACGCUACCUCCAGGGAAAGUUCGAUGGCAAGACUUUGAUCAAGAUGCUUAUGUUGGUGCUACCGUGGUGCGGUCUGGUCAGGAUCCAUACGCCCGCAAUAAGUUCAAUCAGGUAGAAAGUGACAAACUGCGAAUGGACCGAGGCAUUCCUGACACUAGGCAUGAUCAGUGUCAACGGAAACAAUGGCGGAUAGAUUUGCCAGCCACUAGCGUGGUAAUCACUUUUCACAAUGAGGCAAGAUCUGCUUUGCUUCGAACUGUCGUCAGUGUUCUUAAAAAAAGCCCAUCACAUCUCAUUAAGGAAAUUAUACUAGUGGAUGACUACAGUAAUGAUUCUGAGGAUGGUGCUCUCUUGGGAAAGAUUGAAAAAGUGCGAGUUCUUCGGAAUGAUCGCCGAGAAGGCUUGAUGCGCUCCCGUGUCAGAGGGGCAGAUGCAGCACAAGCAAAAGUGCUGACCUUCUUGGAUAGUCACUGUGAAUGCAAUGAACACUGGCUGGAACCGCUUUUGGAAAGAGUAGCUGAGGACAAGACCAGAGUUGUGUCUCCUAUUAUUGAUGUAAUUAAUAUGGACAACUUCCAGUACGUGGGGGCGUCAGCUGAUUUAAAAGGCGGCUUUGAUUGGAACCUGGUGUUCAAAUGGGAUUAUAUGACGCCAGAGCAAAGAAGAGCACGACAAGGAAAUCCAGUUGCUCCCAUAAAGACACCCAUGAUAGCUGGUGGGUUAUUUGUGAUGGACAAAUCCUAUUUUGAAGAACUAGGGAAGUAUGACAUGAUGAUGGAUGUUUGGGGUGGAGAAAACUUAGAGAUCUCAUUCAGAGUUUGGCAAUGUGGUGGGAGUCUUGAAAUCAUCCCUUGCAGCAGAGUGGGUCACGUAUUCCGCAAACAGCAUCCCUACACGUUUCCCGGUGGCAGUGGUACUGUGUUUGCAAGAAACACACGCAGGGCAGCAGAAGUCUGGAUGGAUGAGUACAAAAAUUUCUAUUAUGCAGCAGUGCCUUCAGCCAGGAAUGUACCUUAUGGCAAUAUUCAAAGCCGAAUGGAACUGAGAAAGAGACUUAGCUGUAAACCUUUCAAGUGGUAUCUUGAAAAUGUUUAUCCUGAAUUACGGGUACCUGAUCAUCAAGAUAUAGCUUUUGGGGCUUUGCAGCAGGGUACCAAUUGCCUUGACACUUUGGGCCAUUUUGCAGACGGUGUUGUUGGAGUUUAUGAAUGUCACAAUGCCGGGGGAAACCAGGAGUGGGCCUUAACAAAGGACAAGUCGGUGAAACAUAUGGAUUUGUGCCUUACUGUUGUGGACAGAGCACCUGGUUCACUAAUAAAACUUCAGGGCUGUAGGGAAAACGACAGCAGACAGAAAUGGGAACAAAUCGAGAGCAAUUCAAAACUGAGGCACGUUGGCAGCAACCUCUGUCUUGACAGCCGAAAUGCCAAAAAUGGUGGUCUCACCGUUGAGAUCUGCAGUCCUUCCUUGUCACAGCAGUGGAAAUUCACACUCAACCUGCAGCAGUAGAAGGACUCACAAGCAAAAUGCCGUUUCGACUCCUAGACGUUGGGCAAAAGUUUUGAUUGAAUUACUGAUGUAUUUCUUAAAACUUUCCACGGAACUUAUAUACCUCAGUAUUCCACCUUUUAUCUGAAAGUAGGAGAGUGCUGAAGCAGCCACCAGGGAUCCAGGGGACUUGGAGCACUGCAAAGGUGUCGCUGAACAGGACUGCAGCACGAUUCCUUCUUGGUGUGAAGACUUCAACGGUUCCUUUCUGUCUUCAGUUACGUACUUGCACAGCAGAUAAUUAACUCUAGGAACAACUGAUGUAUGAUAAAAACAAACCCAACCAACCACAAAGGAUCUGAAGGAAACACCUGUGGGGAACAGGGGGGUGGGAGUGGGGAAAAAUUACUAGGAGAAAAUCAUUUGGAAACUCCAUUUGCAUAGAAAUCACGGUUGGUCAUUUCCAGAACCAGAAGUGUCAUUUUGAAGGUUUGUUUGGGGCUUUUUGUUUUGGUUUGGUUUUUUUUCUCCUGUGUGUACUUGGUAAUUUGAAUAUGAACUUUUCUAUGAUGGACUUUAAAUAUAUAAAUAUAUAAAAGUAUAUAUAUUGUCAGCUCCCAACGGUUUAUAUCAAUUUUCAUCGUCCUAUAAUUACCAACGAAAUGAUUGACACGUGUGUGUAGCCAGAAGUUGGAUGGGAACAGAGAGUGAAACUUCACGGAGGUGCGGAUUUUGUGCUGCUGAGUAUCAUGUCCGUGCUAACACUGGAUGCUUUUGCUUUGCAAACUGGAUCUACUUCUUAACACUUCACCCUCACUGGAGAUGAUGAAACUCAGGAGGAGAAAGGAAAUAGAAUAAGCCAAUGCGUCUGCACAGAUGAUUGCUCGGGUUGUUUAUUCCAACUUGAAAGUUGAUUACACGUGCUCUGGGUGACGUCUAACUGGUACUUGAUAUUUAUGUUGAUCUCUUCUGUAGUAUCUUGUCUUUAAAAUUCUUCUUCCUUUUGUUACAGUUAUAUAAACGGUUCAGAUCUUUCAUGCAGCCACGUGGGUUCAGCACAGCUUUUUUCUGGACCCUGUGAGACAAUUUCUUUGUCUCACAGUCCCCUUUUGAGCUGUAGAAAUAAGACAGAACAGUAGUGUCACUGGCGACAGCACUAGAUCCCAGUUUUUUGGUUUGCAAGGAGGAGCAGCUAUGUCAUAUCUUAGAAUUGCACUUGCCUAAUUUAUAGACCUACUACUGGGGAAUUUUCAUCCAUUUUGUUGAUUUUUAAAUGGAACUUUUUGGAUGGAUCCAGGCUUGGGUCUGGGAAUCAGCCUGGGCAGCUGCACAUCCCUCUGUGUUUUUAACCGUAGAACCCCUGCAUUUUGCAGCUUCGGUCCAGCUGAUGUCAUUUUUGUAGUAAAGGAAUACUGUCAAAGUUAACCCCCAACUUUGACUUGUCUUUUCUUACAUCUGCAUAGACUGUAUACAUUGUUUAUUAAAAGCAAAUGCUUCAAUGAACUUUUAAAAUGGAAAGGAAAGGUGUAUAAGUACUGAUAAGCGAGAUGGCAUCGCCAAAGGUCAGCGCUGAUGUGCAGUGCCAGGAGGUGGUUUUGGUAGGGUCAUGGAUCUUGGAAAAAAUGUGAAGUGUUGGUCAUGAGGAGAUGAAAACCAUCUGCUGUACUGUAGUGUGCAGGUACAGUUCCCUGCUUUCUUUGUCCCUGGAAGAAAAGUAGUUCCCGAUUCUUCAGUUCCCUUUGGCUACAUCUAUAUGUUAAGUGUAGAGGUGGCCUUUAACUGUGCCAGUCAGCGUGCCCAGAAAUACCUUGUGUGUCUGAAGUUAUGACUUGCAAGUACCUGCAUACCUUUUGGAUGUGAGCAUUAAAUCCAGCUCCCCCAACCCCCACCCCCAUCUGACUUCUUUUAUGAAUAGGUAAUACUUUUUUUUUUUUUAUGCUUCUUCACAAUCCACUUUCUCCAAAACCUGCCUGUUUUAGAGGCCACACAGUGGAAAAACCUUUUUUUCAGCUUUUAAUCUCUCCCUAUCUGUAGCCUUUUAACCUAGCUGAGAAAAUGAGAAAGUCAUUCAUAAACAUAGCAGUAGAUUUCUAGUAGUCUGGGAAAAAAAGUGCUGAAAUACAGGCUCAGCAUCAAUUGUUUUGAGGUUUUUCAAAACAGAAUUUAAAAGGAAAAAAGAAAACCCAACCUCUCAGCUUCUACCAUGGAGCUAUUUCCAUUUGCGACUUUAAUCAUAGGCUAGUACUAACCAAAAUCAACUCUGAGUAUUGACCCGUCUCUUAUCUCUGAAUCAGAAUUGAGAGUAAGAAAAGAAAAUCCAUAUUCCUCCUCUCAAGUCUUUAAUGCCAACUGCUAUCAUAUAAAGUAGGAAUGUUUUCCCUAAUUCCCCAUGAAUGCUGUGCAUAGGGGUUUUACCAUAGGAGCUGUAUGUUGCUUUUCUUUGAGAGAACAGACAAGAAGUGGUAUCCUUUCAUUAUGUUUACAUGACAGUGUGCCAAAGUUACUUACUGUGAUUUUAGGGUUGUUUUUUAAAUGUCCAAGAAAUUUACCCAUUUGAAAGAUCAAUUAAGAGCCCUCGAAGCAAAUUGCAAUGGAGUGUCCUGAGAACUUUUCUUACCAUCUUCAGAGCAAGAAUGGUGAUGUUGUUUGUUUUGCAGAUUUUCAAAGCAUAAUUUGGAAACUGGUUUGUUUCUUUUUUUCAGUUGGUUUGAAAAGUCUGCUGUACAGAGCUUGUACUUUGUUCAUUUUAUAGAUGGAAACCAUCCUUGAAAAAUUGUUUAACUUAAAUAAAGAAUGCUUUAUAGAUA